AUGGAUGACUGGGAGAGCACCACCAAGAUCGGCUCCAAGGUCCGCGGACCAGGCACAGCGCAGCGCGAGACCACGAUCCGAGGCAAGAGUGCACUCAACGCAGCCCAGCGGACAGGAGCUGUCGUUUCCACUGACAAGAAGUUCGCGACCGCAAACGCAAGUGGCAACCCAGAAGGUCAACGCCUCACCAAGGUCGACCGCGCAGAUGGUCCGGUCGCCACCAAGAAGGUCCCCGACGAAGUCGCCAAGGCCCUCUCCGAAGCCCGCACGAAGCUGAAGAACCAGAAGGGAGCCACCAUGACCCAGAAGGACCUCGCCGCGAAAGCCAACGUCGACGUUGCCGCAGUGGCGGCACUCGAGAGGAAGGGCGCUGACUUCCCGAGCAUGGAUGUUGUGCUGAAGCUCCAGAAGGCUGCGAAUGUGCGGCUGACUGGCAGCAACAUUGGUGAGCCGAUGCUUGGACCGAAGAAGAAGUAG